CUGCGUGAGUGGCCUGCAGGCCUGCGGCUCUUUAGGUCUUGGCUCCCUGAGGCACGAGGCACUUGACCGUUAGCGAGAUGGGGCUGGAGCUGUAGGCGCUGACCCCUGGCCCUGGGUGCUCCUGGGGUGUGCAGUGCUGAGGCAGGAGGAGAAAGAGGAAGAAGAGGAGGAGGAGGAGGAGGCCUUCACUGCCACAGCCCACGAGAGUCAGUUAUUUCAGAGUUUCACUUAGAAAACUAGAUGGAGACAUAUAUACCCAUUGACCUGACAGUUCGAAAACCAGAUGCAGAUAAGAAGGAACACAAGCCACGACAAAGACGUUUAAGACCUAGAGACCAAAGGUGCAAAGAUGACACGUCAUCAGAGAGCCAACCGGCCAAGGUCCCGGCGAAGAGAAUGUCCUCCGAGUCCGUGAAAACAGAGGGAGCAGAGGGCAUCUACGAAGAUUACUAUCCAGGUUACCUUGAAGAAAAGUUCGGUCAACAAUGUUUAUUGGCUUCAAAAUCAGUUGUCCCCGAGAGAAGGAAAUCAAAAGAAAAAGAGGAACAAAGUUUUACUCAUACAAAAGCGAAGAAAGCCCGCUUUAAAUUGUAUGACAGGGCAGAACCAGAAGAGCAUGAUGCCAUAAAACAUAUUAUUAGGCUAAGAGAAAAGCUUGAAUGGAAAACUCCAGUACUUCCACGUAAUUUGAAAUAUCUUCCUAAGGUCCUUCCGAAGCGCAGUCUAAAGGAACCUUUGAAAGAUGAUGGUGAAUUCAUAUACUGCCUUCCUCUGGAGAACACCAAAGGCAUCUUCAAUGAGUAUGACCUUCAAGCAGUCUCCGCCUACAAAGCUAAAAACUGCAAAGUAUUUUGGAUGAUUACUGCUUCAUUUGUCUCAAAGAUCACUAAAACAGGCACCAACAUGGAAGAAGUGGAACUCAUCCCUACUCUGGACUGGCUUUCGGAGAGACAUCGCUUCUACUUACUGCUACAGUUUAAGAUAUUUUACAACUUCCGGAUGAAUAAAGCCUUUGUUACUUGGAAACUGAAUGUUAAAAGAAUUAAGACAGAGAAGAGCAGAGCAUACUUGUAUGGCCACCUUUUUUGUGCUGACGAGUUAUUUCAAAGGUGUUUGCUUUAUGCAAGAGGACUUUUUGAAGAUGCACUGAAUCUCAAAAAUAACAACGAAGACAAUCCCUCAGCCAUACGCCUGAUAAAGCUGAACACUUCCCAAACUUACGUUUUGGACAAGUUUUGUGAAGAGCAGAUACAGCAAGCCGCCCAGGCAGUGGUACAGCUUGAGGAGAUCAAGACUAAGGCAAUUGCAGAGAUAAGAAGUACAAUCUUAAAGGUUGCAGAAAAGAAAGAUAUUAAAGAAUACUUUGAGUCAAAACCAUCUGAAAUCGACACAACACAUUUUAAGCUGCCCCAGUAUCGGUCUUUAUUAGAAACCAAUUUGAAGUUUUUAAGGCUGAUUGAUUACCUGUUUCAAGAACUCAUUCGUCAGCUCAUGAACUCUGCAGUCAGCCAGCUUUUGGAACUAUUCAUUGGUUCUGCUAGGAUGCCAUUUUCAAAGGAAAAAAUGAAUGAAAGUCUCAUGAGAGCAAGGAAGAUCUUUUCUAGAAAGAUAUCUAAUGAUGAUGAAGAAUUCGUUAAUUCAAAUGUACCUCCUCCUCCUGUUCAAAAUUCAGAACCCAAGCCAGACACUGAUAUUGAUGUGAUUUUAAAUAGAGGGAAAGUGGAGAUGGAUUUCAGAAAAACAUAUGCACCAAUAUUUGAAGUAAACCUAUAUAUGAAAACUCUCACUUCGGAUGAGUCUGCAGAGGAGACUGAAGAGAAGGGACCGAAAUCUAAACAGAGCCUUGACGAAACUCUGUCAUGUGAUGAUGAUGAUCUGUCUGAAAGCAGAAGGUUUGUGAGAAACCCAAGUGAAGACCUGCUCACGAGGUACAAUCAACCGAGCAAGUUUGGUACCCUCCUCAGACGCAUCCUUUCAGACACAGGACUCCUGCUUGAGUCUGAGCAAGGGCACAUCUAUAAUAAAUUUUCUGAAUUCCCAACAAACCUCUUUAUACAACCCAACAGACUGGACUUUUCAACACAAUUCCAAAAUGUGUUAGCAACUAUAGAAAAAUAUAUAACCACAAUCACUCCUUUUCACCGAGACCCUCGCCUGUCUGCCCUUACUGAGUUGGUUUCAGUUCCGGAUUUAUCUGAGACGGGAGGUGUAAUCAAAUAUAAGAAGCAGACCCGAUGGCCAGAUUUCUAUAUCCUCUUUGAAACAGAUGCUGACUACCAAAACAAAAUUGUGAGUCUGCUGACGAUUAUUGGUAAUUCAAUGGGCCUGGUUAGCGAUUACAGCUGCAGGUUUCUAAAGUAUUGUUACAUGGUAGAAAAGGCUAAAGUCAUGAGUCUGAAACUGCCGUAUAUGGGGAUCUUAACGUCAACAGAGUUUAAAGCUAUAAUACACAAAUUCAGAAGCUACCUAAAGCAGAUUGUGACUAUGACUAUUGAAAUGCGCCUUGGAAUUUUUUGCGUGAAAAGUUUGGAUUAUCAAUUAACAUGCUUACCGUAUGUUGAUGUCAUCAUAGAGAUGAGCUACGACCUGUUACGUUAUGCAAUUGAGGAAAAAAGUACAAAUCUAUUGGAAAUCUUAGAUUCAUCACUGCACCAACUGGAUUGUGAACCUAUAGAAGUAGAGGAAUUUGUGAAACAUUUUAAUUUUUUGGAGGACAUUUCCUCAAAUGUAUCUCAAUUAGAAAAAGAUUUCUCCACAAUUUGUCAGCUGUAUUCUGUUGUGAGGCAUUACCAGAUUGAUAUUUCUGAAGAGCAGACUGCCAUCUACAGAAUCCUUUUCAUGAAGUUUAAUCAUCUGAAGACAGCUUUGAGGAUGGUUGCCAUGAAUAGAGACGCCACCCUAACUAAAUUCAGGAACAGUUUGGAAUCGUACAUUAUUGGUCUACGAGUGGAUGUCAGUAACCUAAAAGAUAAAAUAAGAAGUCCUGCUCUGGUGUGCGCCAGUACUCCAGUACCACAAGCCAAGGACAUGGUCAAGACUUUCUCAGCAGAGGCUUCCAACUUGACUCAUAAAGUGAAAACCUACUCAAGCUACCAGGAAUAUUACGAUGAUUCCCAGUCCCACAUGCAUUCUCUCAACAUGGAAGAGAUGACCCAGAUCGUGCUGUCGGAGAUCUCGGACAUUGAGUGUGACCUGAUGCUGAGGAAAUUGUUAUGGGAGGCACAAGAAGAAUGGGGGAUACUUUUCUGGAAAUGGAGGGGCUGUACUCUCCAGAGCAUCGAUAUGGAUUUAGUGAAGAGCAAUGUGUCCAAGUGGCUGCAUAUAAUCAUUGUCCUGGAAAAAGGUUUACCUAAAAAUGAUAUGGUAACACACCUCAAGCAGUCAGUGUUAGACUUCAAGCAAGAGCUUCCGAUCCUGACAGCCUUGGGAAACCCUUGUCUCAAGCCACGGCACUGGGAGGCUCUACGGGAGAGCACCGGGAAGUCUCUGGAUCCAAACCUCUCAGUAGAGAAACUUCUAGCUCUGAAGAUGUUUCCAUAUGAAAAUAAAAUAAAUGAGAUAUCGAUUUCAGCAACUAACGAAGCUGCUCUUGAGAAAAUGAUGUUCAAGAUCAUCGAGCUCUGGAACAAUUCCCCGUUGCACCUGGUUCUCCAUCACACAGAGAUCUACUCCAUCUUCAUCAUCUCAUCCAUUGACGACGUGAUCACUCAGCUGGAAGACUCCCAGGCCAUCAUUGCGACCAUGAAAGGAUCUUCCUAUCUGAGGCCAAUUAAGGAUCUUGUGAAUGAAUGGCAUCAAAACUUAAGCCUCUUCUCUUAUACCAUUGAGGAAUGGAUGAGAUGUCAAAGGGAUUGGCUUUAUCUUGAACCAAUCUUUAAUUCUUUAGAAAUACAAAAACAGCUGUCAGCCGAAACAAAACUUUUCUCCCAGGUGCUUGUCAUGUGGAGAGAUAUAAUGUCCCGAGUACAGAACAAACUAAACGCUUUGCAGAUAACUAUCUCUACAGGAGUCCUCGACGUUCUGAAAAUUUGCAAUGAACAUCUAGAAAACAUAAAGAAAAGUCUGGAGGAUUACCUUGAAAUUAAAAGAAUGGCUUUCCCAAGGUUUUACUUUCUCAGCAACACUGAACUUAUGGAGAUUCUAGCUGACAGCAGAAAUCCCGAUUCUGUGCAGCCUCAUCUUGUGAAAUGUUUUGAGAAUGUGAAACACAUGCUCCUAUGGAAACAAGACAUCGGCCCUCCAGCUGUGAAGAUGCUCAUCUCUGCUGAAGGAGAAGGCCUUGUGCUGCCCAAGAAAAUUCGUGUAAGAGCUUCUGUAGAACAGUGGAUGGUAAAUGUAGAGAAAAGCAUGUUUGAUGUUCUAAAAAAAUUUUUAAGUCAAGGUAUUGAAGACUGGAGCCGCAAGACUUUUUCUAAUUGGGUAUUGUCACAUCCAGGACAAGUGGUCCUGACUGUGAGCCAGAUCAUGUUUUAUAAUGACUGUGUGAAAGGUCUUAUAAGCUCUAAUUCAAGAGAAAAGCUAGAAGCAGUUCAUAAAAAUUUGCUGGGUCAGAUGAACAACUUGGCCGUGCUGGUCACACUGAAUACCAGCAACUUGCGCACGAAAGCCAUGCUGGCGGCUGUGCUGACCAUCUCUGUUCACUGCAGAGACGUCGUGACAGAUCUGCUGGCUAAGAACAUCUCCAGUGCAGAGGACUUCGAAUGGACGAGACAUUUGAACUAUAAAUGGAAUAAAAAGCAAAAGCUGUGUUACGUAUCUCAAGGAAACAUCAACUUUGUUUAUGGCUAUGAGUACCUGGGCUGUGCGCCACGCCUGGUCAUCACGCCCCUCACAGAACGGUGCUGGCUGACUCUGACAGCAGCACUCUACUUCAACCUGGGCGGCUGCGCUGCUGGACCAGCAGGUGUAGGGAAAACGGAGACCGUUAAAGACCUAGCAAAAAACUAUGGUAAACAUUGUGUGGUCUUCAAUUGUUUUGAAGAUUUGGAUUAUAAGAUAAUUGGCAAAUUAUUCUUAGGGUUGGUUCAAUCGGGAGCUUGGUGUUGUUUCGAUGAAUUCAACCGAAUAGAUAUAGAGGUGCUCUCUGUCAUCUCCUCGCAGCUGCUAAGCAUCAAGGUUGCAAAAGACAGCUAUUCUGUGAGGUUUCUCCUGGAUGGUAAAGAAGUACGGAUCAAUAUGUCAUGUGCAGUGUUCAUCACCAUGAACCCCAGAUACAGUGGUCGAGCUGAGCUCCCGGGUAACUUAAAGUCUCUGUUUCGCCCAGUGGCAAUGAUGCUGCCCCAGUACACAUUGAUCAUUGAAGUCAUUCUGUUCUCAUUUGGCUUCAAAUCUUCAAGAUCGCUGUCUGGAAAGCUCGUUAACCUUUACAGUUUAGCUGACAAGCAGCUUUCAAAGCAGGAGCAUUAUGAUUUUGGCAUGAAGACCUUGAAGACAGUUUUAAUAAUGGCAGAAAAGAAGAAGCGGGAGUGUAAAUGUGACAAGCUUUCUGAAGCAGACGAGUCUCUGGUCAUUAUUGAAGCAGUCCAGGAAGCUAGUCUAUCAAAGUUUCUCCCCGAAGAUGUCCCAACUUUUGAAAGUAUCACAGAAGAUUUUUUUCCUGGAGUAAGAGUUUCAAAAGUGCAUCACCUUGCCUUGGAGAAAGCAAUAUUUCUUGCAACAGAUCAAUUAGGCUUUCAACAUUGGCCACCUCAGAAAGAACAGAUCAUACAGUUGUACAAUCAACUUCAGGCUUGUAUUGGUGUGAUGCUGGUGGGCCCAACAGGUGGAGGGAAAACAACAGUCAGGAGGAUUCUAGAGAAAGCCUUAGUGAUCCUUCCUGUCGCCGCCAUUUUAUCAGUGAAAGAAAUGCAAUCCGAUUCAAAGUUUAUAGGAAAAAAAGGAAAGGUAGAAGUGUGCGUUUUGAAUCCCAAAUGUGUCACUCUUGGUGAACUAUAUGGACAGCUGGACAUUAAUACCAUGGAAUGGAAUGAUGGGUUAUUAUCAGCAGCAAUUCGAAAUUAUGUGCAUAUCAGCACUGCAGAUUACUCCAAGAAAGACGGUGACCUCAAACUAAAGUCAAGAAUCACAAAUAUAUCUAAUGUUUUCCAAGUUGAUUUCUCUACUACAGCAGAUAUCGAUAACAGUGUUUUUAUGAAGGAAGUAGAAAAAGGUGUUAAAGUUACAGAAACUCAUGAUUUCGAUUGGCAAUGGAUUGUUUUAGAUGGCCCAGUCGAUACCUUAUGGAUAGAAAAUCUAAACACUCUGCUCGAUGAAACCAGAACGCUGUGCCUGGCGAACAGCGAGAGGAUUGCCCUGACUAACAAGAUCAGGAUGAUUUUUGAAGUGGACUCUCUGUCUAACACCACGCCGGCUAUUGUCACCCGGUGUGCAAUGGUGUUCAUGGACCCUGUUGAUUUGGGAUGGAAGCCUUACAUUAACUCGUGGCUUUUGAAAACUUCAAAAACUAUAAGUCAACGAGGAAUGGAGUGUCUUGGAAUGCUGAUUAAAAAGAGUGUUACAGAAGGGUUAGACUUUCUGAAAAGGCACAGAAAGUUUUUAGCAUAUCCCUUACAAGAUGUGACAGUCAUCAUGACUCUGUGCAGGAUUCUAGACGCCAUGUUUGAAUUCAUGCACAUAAAGAGAGGAACGACAAAAGGUGAAGACGCCACAGGUGAAACCUCAACUAAAGGGACAAAAACUCUGAAAGUCAAGUUCAAGGAUGCUGAGAGCAGCUAUGGGAAUGAAAAUGCAUGGUAUUUGGAGAAAAAUCCUGAAAAGUUAACAAUAAUGAUUCAGAAGGUUUUUGUGUUUGCAUUUACGUGGGCAUUCGGAGGGAUUUUAAAGCGUGAAGACCAACAUGAAGAAGACUUGCUCUUUCGUUCAAAUUUUGAACCUGAUUCUCCUGCAGAAGUAACCUAUAAUUUUGACAACCUUGUUCAUGAGUUAUUUGAGGAUGAUUCAGAAAAAGAUAUAGGUAUCAGCUUACCAGCUGGUGAACGUUCUAUAUUUGGGUAUUUUGUGGACUUACAAAAUUGUGAGUUUAUGCCUUGGUCAGAUUUACUUCCUAAUGCUCAAACAAUAAUUCAAAGAGGGACAUCGUUAAUGACUGACUUUCAGGGAUCCAGUGAGAGCAUGCUGAGGAUGAAGGAAUGUGGGGAGUACGUGAACUAUACCGCUACCAGGGACACGCUCUGCCUGUCUUUCCUCAUGAGUCUUCUCCUCAAGAAUUCCUACCCUGUCCUUCUCACAGGAGAUUCUGGUGUCGGGAAGACUACUGCCAUCAAUGAGAUGCUUGACAAGCUAGAGGGUCGAGGAACAUUUGAUAUAAAAUUCGGGUCAAUUUUAGGAAAAGUCCUGUUACAUAAUGAAAUUAAAAGAUCAAGCAUAAGGCAGAAUAUCAACAUCUUGAUUGCCGAGACCUACAAAUCAGCCAUCGGAGGUUUCGAUAUGAGUACAAAGAAAGUCAUGAUUAAAACUGAUGAUGCCCCAAUUAAAAAUGAUAAAGGAAUUAUAGUCUCUACGAUCAAUUUAACCACCAACGUGACAGCCGCCAAAACCAAGGAGAUGAUUCUGCGGAAGUUAGUUAGAAGAGCCAAAGACGUACUUGGAGCCCCGAAAAACAACAGGAUUGUAGUAUUUAUUGAUGAUAUGAAUAUGCCAACACCAGAAAAAGGUGGAGCCCAGCCACCCCUGGAAUUGAUCAGACAGUUAUUAGAAAUGGGUGGGGUUUAUGAUACGGAAAGAAAUACAUGGAAGACUAUUCAAGAUCUUUCUAUAGUCGCUUCUUGUGCGUCUUCUGCCAGUGGGAAUGAUAUCAGUCCACGGCUCCUCAAACACUUCUCCAUACUGGUAUUGCCUCAUCCUCCACAGAGUGCCUUAUGUACUAUCCUUCAGGCUCACUUGGGAAUGUAUUUCUCCGUGUAUAACUUCGUAGCUGAGGUUCAGAAAUGUAGAGACCAGAUUGUGCUUUGUUGCCUGGCGAUAUAUCAUCAAGUCUGUAAGAAACUGCUGCCAACGCCAACCAAAUGCCACUACAUGUUUAAUCCCCGAGACAUGUUCAAGCUUCUGCUGGGGUUGAUGCAGGCAGACAAGAGCAUUAUCAACUCCAAAGAGAUGGCUGCUCAGCUCUUUGUUCAUGAAGCCAGCCGGGUGUUUCAUGAUCGUUUAAUCGAACCCAGUGAAAAGAACCUUUUCUAUCAGCUUCUCUCAAAGGAACUCCAGAACCAUCUGCAGGUUCCAUGGAGUCCUGAAAACCUGAUGAAUAACCCAGUUAUAUUUGUGGACUUUGUGGAUGUAAAUAAGCCUCACAGAAAAAAGGUCUACCAGAGCACCAAUAACUAUGACAAACUGUUCAACAUACUUGCGGAAUUCCAAAUGAAGUUGGGUUCAACAUCUCUGGAGAUGUCUCACACGAUUGUGUUCUUCAAGGAAGCUGUAGAACAUAUUACAAGAGCUGCCAGGAUCCUCCGACAGCCAGGGGGUCACAUGUUACUGAUUGGGAUGGAUGGAUGUGGGAAAGAAACUUAUGCAACCUUAGCCUGUUACGUGGCAGAGCACAAAGUACACCGAGUGCCCAUCGCUCACAACUAUACCAUCUCAGAGUUCAAAGAAAUGUUUAAGAAGAUGUUCAUUCAAACCGGCCUGGAAGGGACCCCCACUGUCGUCAUGAUUUCCAACCUACAAGAACAAGCAUCAUUUCUGGAAGAUUUGAACUACAUUGUCAAUGGAGGGAAGAUUGCUAACAUGUUUGAAAAUGAGGAGCUGGAUUCUAUUAUUAUGAGGAUUAGAACCUUUGCUGACCAGUCUGAUUUCAUAGAUGAUAGAAAAUAUUUGCUCUCAGUAUUCCAAAAGAGAGUAUCUAAAUAUCUGCAUAUUUUUAUGAUCAUGAGUCCUUCCGGAUCUAACUUCCGCCAUAACUGUCGAGUUUACCCCUCUAUGAUAAGCUCCUGCACCAUCGACUGGUACCAGAGGUGGCCUGAUGAGGCUCUCCUUAUUGUGGCCAACUCCUACCUAAGAGAAAAGCUGAACAUAGAGAAUGAUGAGAAUAUGAUACAACAGUUUGCCUCAAUAUGUACUGAAAUCCACAAAAGUAUGAAAGAUUUGAGCACAAAAUACUUUGAAGAUACUGGAAGGCACUAUUAUAUCACUCCCAGUAGCUACUUGAAGUUUCUGGAGAUGUUCACCCACAUUAUGAGGAUGAGACAGGAAGAGAUGAAGAUAAAAAGGGAUCGUUUCUACAAGGGGCUCUCCAAGAUUCUGGAAGCAACUGUAUUAGUCACAGACAUGCAGGAAGAGCUUUUGGUCAUUGGCCCCCAAAUAGAACAAAAAGCAAAGGAAAAAGAACUCCUGCUAGAAAAGCUGCGAAAAGAUUCACACAUAGUUGAAAAAGUUCAGAUGCUUGUGAAACAGGAUGAGGAAAUUGUGGCCGAAGAAGUGAGAAUUGUGGAAGACUACGCUCAGAAAACUGCCAAUGAGUUGAAAAGUGUGCUGCCCGCUUUGGACAAGGCAAUUGUGGGUCUAAAUGCCCUGGACAAAAGUGAUAUUUCUGAAUUACGAGUGUAUGCCCGGCCCCCCUUCCUCGUCCUGACGGUCAUGAAUGCCGUGUGCAUCCUCCUACAGAGGAAGCCCAACUGGGCGACAGCUAAGCUGCUGCUCUCUGAAACCAGCUUCCUAAAGAAACUGAUUAACCUGGACAAGGACAGCAUCCCCGACAAGGUGUUCCUGAAGCUCAGGAAGAUUAUAAAUUUGCCCGAUUUCAACCCCAACAAGAUCGCUCUGGUUUCUGUGGCUUGUUGUUCCAUGUGUCAGUGGGUUAUAGCUUUGAAUAACUACCACGAAGUACAGAAGGUGGUGGGUCCCAAGCAGGCUCAAGUGGCUGAAGCUCAGAAUGUCCUUCGAAUGGCAAAGCAAAGGCUGUCUGAAAAACAAAGAGGUUUACAGCUGAUUGAAGAACAUUUACAGUUUCUACACACCUCCUACAGAGAUGUUAUUGUUGAAAAACAUCAACUAGCCAACCGGAAAAAGCUGGCCACCAAGCGCCUGCAGUGCGCGUCCGUCCUGCUCACGGUCCUGGAAGACGAGAAGAUUCGAUGGCAAGAAACAAUCAAUGAAAUAGACAACAAGCUGAAAGGCAUCUGUGGUGACAUACUUCUUUCGUCCGCAUGCAUUGUCUACGGCGGAGUCUUAACGCCGGAAUUCCGCCAGCUGGUGAUCGAGAAGUGGGAGGACUUCUGCACUAAGUACAGAAUUCCCCUGUCAUCCAAAUUCUCCUUAAUGGAAGUGAUGGCGGAAAAAAAUGAGAUCAGCCGGUGGCAUAAUCAAGGCCUGCCCCUCGGUCAGCACUCAGCAGAAAACGCCAUCUUGAUAAAAAGUACUCAGCAGUGGCCACUGGUGAUUGACCCCCACAAGCAAGCCCUCCACUGGAUCCGCCAGAUGGAAGGGCCGCGGCUACAGGAGAUUUCCGCUGAAGACAGCCGUCACCGCCAAACAAUCGAAAAUGCCAUGCAAGCAGGGGGCUGUGUCCUCUUGCAGAAUGUGCCUGAAGCAAUCCCUCCCAGCUUGAAGGCAAUUCUAAAGAAAGACAUUUACCAGAAAAGAGGGCACUAUUACAUCAGAAUUGAUGAUUCUGAGAUUGACUAUGAUGAAAGGUUCAGGUUGUACUUAUCUACAGGACUAGACAACCCCCACUUUUCUCCAUCAGUUUAUAACUUUGUUACGAUUAUCAACUUCACAGUAACAUUCCAAGGCUUGCAAGAUCAGCUCUUAUCUACAGUAGUAAGUCAUGAAGUUCCUCAUUUAGAAAAUCAACGAGCCCAGUUAUUAGAGAGUAUUUCUCAUGAUGCUGUAACUCUGGAGGAACUGGAAGAUAAAACAUUGACCAUACUGCAGAAAACAGAAGGAAGUGUGUUAGAUGAUGAAGAAAUUGUAGAAAAUCUAACAAAAUCCAAAAUGACUUCAAAUGAAAUUUCCAAACGUAUCCAAGAAACAGAAAAGGCAGAACGUGAAAUUCAAGCAACUCGCAAGAACUACCUCCCCAUAGCCACCCGGGGCGCCCUGCUCUACUUCGUGGUGGCGAGUCUCACCCAGGUGGAGUAUAUGUACCAGUUCUCCCUGGAGUGGUUCCGGCAAGUGUUUGUUUUCUCUACAGUUUCCAAAACCAAAGAACAAAAGCAUGAUUGGAAAAUGGACGAAACAUCUUUGGAAAAAGUCAGUGAGAUUUCUUUAAGUGUCUUAAGCCAACAGAAUCUGAAAAGUGAGAGGGAUACCUUAGCAGAGCAUACUAAGAACGCAACAGAUGUGCUGACAAGAAACGUGUUUAGGGUGGUCUCUGCAGCUCUGUUUAAUGAGCAUAAACUCUGCUUCUCCUUCUGGCUUUGUGUCUCCAUCAUGAGAGAGAAUUCCAGUGAUGCUCUGAUGGCUGAUGACAUAGGAUUCCUACCAGAAGAAGAAUGGAACAUCUUUUUGUAUUCUGGCAUUUUGAUAAAUAUUAAAAAUAUACUAUCCAAGCCUAGACUGAAUAGUAUAUUUGAAAUCCGCAGAAAGGAGCAUCUGCAGUGGGUGCCGGACCUGAGGUGGAAGCAGUGCCAGUAUAUCAGCAGCCAGAUGGAGCCCUUCUGCCUCCUCUGCAAGUCGCUCCUGUCCAAUAAGUGGCAGUGGAACGCCUUUAGGGACACCAAGGCCGUGUACUCUUUCCUGGGCAGCCCGUUCUCCUCACAUGGGGCUUCACUUCAGGAAAGCCCCAGAUCACCAGAGGAGGCUGAACUUCUGAAUGAAAUGUUGACACCUAUUAAUUUUCCUUGGGAAAAACUCACUCCAUUUCAAAGACUUAUCUUGAUUAAAAUUCUUCGGCCAGAACGUUUAGAGAAUUCAAUAAGAAAGUUUAUAACUGAAAAAAUGGGAAGUGAAUAUAUCCAUGAGACUACAGUCAAUCUGAAAGAAUCAUAUAAAGAGUCCACCGCUCAAACGCCGCUGAUCCUUAUUCACUCCUACGGGAUUGACCUCAACAAUAUCCUCCUGAGAUUUGCACAAGAGUUAAAAGGGACGACCCCGCAGGUGACCAUGAUUUCCCUGGGCCGAGGCCAGGCGGCCAAAGCGGAGGAGCUCAUUUUUAAGGCGCUGGACAGCAAGCAUCAGUGGGUCUUCCUCCAGAACUGCCACCUCGCAGCCUCCUUCAUGCCAAGACUCUGCGCUAUCAUAGAGUCAUUUAGUAGUCCAGAUAUGAUGCUAGACCCUGACUUUAGGCUUUGGUUAAGCUCAAAAUCCUAUAGUUCGUUCCCAAUUCCUAUUCUUCAGAAGGGUGUGAAGAUUGCCGUGGAACCUCCCCAGGGACUGAAAAGCAAUUUACUCCAAAUGUUUGGAUAUGGCGGGAGUGGAGAGGUAACAGAAGAUAUAUUUGAGAAGCCUGAUUGUGGACCAUGCUGGAAAAAAAUUCUGUUCAGCCUCUGUUUCUUUAAUGCCGUGGUCAAUGAAAGGAACGCGUAUGGGACACUAGGCUGGAACAUCCCUUACAAAUUCAGUUCUUCAGACUUGGAGGUUUCCAUAAAGAUGCUGGGAAAUAUCCUCUCUGGCCGGUCAGAAAUUCCAUGGAAAGAGCUGAACUACUAUGUUUCGGAAGUGACCUAUGGUGGCCGAGUGACUGAUGAAUGGGACAAGCGAUGCCUGAAGAUUCUUUUCAACAAAUUCUGCAGUCCUGACAUUCUGAAGAGUAACUUCAGUUUCUCUAGUGAUGAGAUGUACCAGGUAGUGCCCAUCUCGGCAAGCUUAAAGGACUGCAUACACAUUAUCCAGUCCUUACCAGAUGAUGACUAUCCCGAAAUCUUAGGGAUACACCCCGAGGCCACACAAACCUGCAACGAGACCAAGACUCAAAAGCUCAUUGAAAAUCUCAUCAGCCUGCAACCAAAAGCUGCUCCGGUCAACCUCAUGAUCAAUCCCGAGCAGAGCAAUGACGACCUGGUGAUGGAGAUCCUAGCUGACAUAAUGGUUCAGCUGCCCCUGACAGUGGAGAAAGAGGAAGUUUCCGGGUCUGAGAGCCAAUGCACAUUCAAAUUCAUUUUAUCAAGUUCAAUGUGGGAGAGGCUUCAGAAAAAUACUGAAGGCCAUGAUCCCCUUAUCCACUGUGUCUUGAUAACCUUUCUGAGCCAAGAAAUAGAACGGUUCAAUAAGUUAUUAUCUGUCAUACAUCAAUCAUUAAAGGACCUUCAACUUGCUAUAAAGGGAGAGAGCAUCCUCACUCAAGAGCUGGAAGAGACAUACGACUCUUUCCUGAAAGCCAGAGUGCCCAUGCUGUGGCAGAAGAAUGCCUACAGGUCCUGCAAGCCCCUGAGCUUCUGGGUGAGCGACCUCAUCCAGCGGGUGAACUUCUUCAACACCUGGGCCAAAGUGGCCUACACGGCCAUACACCAUCGAUACAUGACGUUUGUCACGACCUGGAAACAGCCUGCUACAUCAGCCAACCAGAAAUCCAAACUCCCCGCCACCCCUGAGAGUGAUUUCAUCGAAGGCUUUCCUGCGAGAUACUGGCUCCCGGCUUUCUUCUCUCCGCAAGCCUUCCUCACUGCUGUGCUUCAAGACUAUGGAAGGGCCCAAGGAAUCUCCAUGGAUGUUCUCACUUUCACUCACAAAGUAAUUCGUAGCACUAUCGAUAAACAGGAGGAUGAUUUCUCCAAACUUCUCCAGAAGAGGCUCAACAUAGUCAGGAGAGCCUUCCAGGAAAAGGACCAAUCUCCCAGUGGAGUGUACAUUUUUGGUUUAUUCAUUGAGGGAGCACGGUGGGAUCCUGAACAGGAAGUCCUGGAAGACUCACUGCCCAGUGACUUAUGCUGUGAAUUCCCUGAUAUCCACUUUUUGCCAACAAAGAUUGAAACAUCCCAAGCUUCUGACCAGAUAGACUCAGAGCUCCAGACUUUUGAAUGUCCAAUUUACCAAACACCUGACAGGACAAGAAAUACUUUUACUGGUUUACCACCAAAUUUCUUAACGUCAGUUCAUCUGCCAACGAAGAAACCUCCUAGUCACUGGAUCACCAUGCAGGUUGCACUGCUGUGUGAGAAGAAUGAAUGAAAUAAAUAUGCAUACCAAAAUA